CUCAAUUCAACACAAGGAGAAAAAGAAAAAACAACACAAAACCGCGAAAAGAAUAUAAAAGAAAAGAAAGGAAAAACUAACAAAGCAAAAGCAAAAGAGAGUGGUAAGGCUCCACACUCAAACUCUUCACUCUCACUCCUCUCUCUCUCUUACCACUUGCCAAUGGCUCUCUAUCUCCAAUAUCUCUCCAUCUUUAUCCUUCUCCUCCUCCGCUCCUCCGCGGCGAUGUGGUGCGUCGCUCGGUUUGAUGUUACUAGCCAGGCGCUUCAGGUGGCUCUAGACUACGCAUGUGCCGCUGGAGCCGACUGUGCUCCAAUCCAGCCCACUGGUCUUUGUUUCCUUCCUAACACCAUUCAAGCUCACGCAUCUUACGCUUUCAACAGCUACUAUCAGCGUCGAGCCAUGGCUCCUGGCUCUUGCAACUUCGCCGGCACAUCCACCAUCGCCAAAACCGAUCCAAGUUACGGAUCAUGCGUAUACCCGAAUUCUUUGAGCACCAACGCAGGAGGGUCAGCAUCGACAACAACGGUGGGAGGAACGCCGACAGCAACCGCUGGAAACAUUCCCGUGACGUCACUGAGGCCACCAUCUGGGACCACGGCGUCACCGUUCGGAAUAGACGGUGGUGGACUUAUUCCACCGGGAACCACUGACCCCGAUGAAUCUGGAGCUUAUUGUAGAAACACAUAUGUCUCUAAAGCUUUUUUGGUGGUCUUACUUUUGUCGUUUAUUUAGGUUUUAGAUUCGUCUUAUAUCUACAUUGUCCGGCCAUAAUUUUUUGUUAAAUGGGUUAAUCAAUCAGAAAGAUUUUUUUUUUAGUGUUGUUGAUCCUUAAUCUCAGUAAUCAUAUAUCUAUGUUUUCGUGCAUAGUUUUCGUGCACGUGAUGUCACCUUUUGAGUUUAAAAUUAAGUAAAAAAGAAGCGAAUAUUG